AUGGGGACAGCACACAGGAGCUGUGGGCUAUUUCAGCCUGUGAGCUGCGUGGCUCUGCUUCUCACUGUGUUUGACAUCGGCCAGCGAUGUGGUGCCAGGUCGUCUGGUUGCAGCGAGGAUUUGUCCACGGUAUCCGGUGGCCAAUCCCGUGUGCGGAGGGCCCCCUGGGACCCCCCCCAGCCCCUGGAUUGCCUGCUGUCCGCCUGGUCGCCCUGGAGCCUGUGUGAGCCCUGCCAGAACAAGCGUUUCAGGUACGCCAGGCUGGAAGUGCCAAGGCAGUUUGGUGGGGAGCCAUGCGAGACUUUUGACCGUCAAGAGGAGACCUGUAGAUCGCAAAGUCGCUGCCAUGUGCCAGACAUGUGUGAAGGCUUCGUCUGUGCUGAAACAGGGCGAUGCAUUGCUCGUCGCCUUCUCUGCAACGGGGAUGACGACUGUGGAGACAGAUCGGACGAGAGGAGCUGCAGGAGAUUGCAGGUCGCCUGCUCCGGCCACAGGGAGCAGUACUGGGGAGUGCAAUACCUGGGCAGCGGGUUCAACAUCCUGACCGAGACGCUGCAGGGCCCUGUCCUCGACAACAGUUACUACGCCGGGAGCUGCGCUCCGCACUACAUUAAGAACGUCCGCUUUCGGAAGCCGCACAACCUGGAAUUACACAGCCCCGAGACCAAAGCAGAUUUCCAGCUCUCCCUCCAGGAGCACGAGUCUUUCUCCAGUUUUGCCGAGAGCCGCUUUAAAAGCAGCAAGAAAAGCAAGGCCUUCAAGUUGGCCAUAAACAUCCCCGAGGUCUUCGAGAUCGGAAUCAACUAUGCGAGCAACAACUACAGGAAGAUGGCCAGCAAGCUUCUGGAAUCUUCCGGGGCUAAAAGGUCCAUGUACCACGCUCAGAUGACCCUGCAGGUCGGACGAUUCAAGUUCAAGCUCAGGGACCUCAUGCUCCAUCAUGAGUUCUUCCAAAGGAUUAGCGAGCUGCCAAUCCCGUACAGCUAUGGCGAGUACAGGGAGAUCUACAAAGACUACGGGACACAUUUUAUGAGCGAGGGAUUUCUCGGAGGCACCUAUGAAUACCUUUGGGUCCUCAACUCCAAGAAUAUGAAACGAGACGGUUACUCUAUGAGUGACGCAGAGAACACCAUGAAGGUGGGGGCUAAUUUGGGCGGCUCGAUCGACGGGAUCUAUGUGGCUGGGGGGUUCACCUUUGGUAUAGGUGACAAGCUCUUGACGGAAAAAGGAGUCGGCAUUGCGAGCUCCAACUACACGGAGGACUUCAUAGCCUUCGUGCGCGGCGGAGCGAGCGAGCACGUGACGGCCUUGUCACAGAAGGACCUGCCCACGCGCCAGCUCAUGCAGGAGUGGGGAGACGCUGUGGAAUACAACCCAGAGGUCAUCCAGUUCAAGCCGGUGCCGCUGUACCAGCUGGUGACGGGGCAGACCUUCCACAACAGCCGAGCCAUCAAAGCCAACAUGAAGCGAGCGCUGGAGGAGUUCCUGACAGAGUACAGCUCAUGUCGCUGCGCUCCCUGUCGCAACAACGGGGCUGUGGUCUUCACAGGAUCCCACUGUGAGUGUGUCUGUCCUCCCGGCUUUCGAGGGGUCGCCUGUGAGAUUACCAACCGACGGGAUGUUCCAGUGGAUGGGAAGUGGUCCUGUUGGUCUGGGUGGUCCGAGUGCACAGGCAGACAGAAGACGAGAGCGCGGUCUUGCAUCAACCCCCCACCGGCCCAUGGCGGGCAGCCGUGCCCCGGCGAUCGCCAGGAAACACUGACCUGUUAGUGAGCAAAGCCGUACUCCUCGCCUCUCCCCCACGCACAGCACCACAGGAACAGGAGGAGGCCAUGCAGCCCCUUGAGCCUGUUCCACCAUUCUA